GAAGCCACUCGAUUCCCUAUAAAUCGCUCGCACCGUCUGUUUGACCUCACUUCUCGGAUUCCUCCAGCUUCUCCAUUUUUCCAUUGCCCUAACAUCAAACAAUUUCAAUUUCAAUUUCAAAUUCAAACUCAAACUCCGGCGAACCCAAUUUCACUUCCUCUCCAUCUGAAACCGCAUCGCCACCGCAACUUCUCUCUCAAUCGCAGCACCGAAACCGGAGGAGGACAGGAAGCGCCGUGCCGCCUUCUUGGCCAUUCCCGAGUUUGCUCCAACAGAAUAUGAGCUCACAGGCCCGGAAUGUGCGGAAGGACAGGUCAAGGUUUCCCGCAUCAAAUUCUCGACAGGAGUGGGUACCGAGAGGAUCCACGAACACCCAUGUGAACCAGCCACUGGACGUCAAUUUGAACGAUAAUCGCAAUGGACGAGAGUUAAGUUCGUGUACUCCUCAUCCAGUUAAUAGUCGAGACAGAGGUAAUCAUGGUCCAAGGGUUUACAUGGGUCCCCGGAGAAAUCAGAGAAAAGACAAGGAAAAAGAUAAGGAGAGAAGUGGGGAUCAGGGUGAAAAGGAGUUUAAAGACUCCAAUUUGCCUCAGCUGGUUCAUGAAAUUCAGGAAAAAUUGAUGAAGGGCACUGUUGAGUGUAUGAUUUGUUAUGAUAUGGUGCGGAGGUCUGCGCCCAUAUGGUCUUGUUCAAGCUGCUUCUGCAUUUUUCAUUUAACUUGCAUCAAGAAAUGGGCCAGAGCACCCACUUCAACGGACUUGGUGGCUGAGAAGAAUCAGGGAUUAAAUUGGCGUUGUCCUGGAUGCCAGUCUGUGCAGCUUACAUCCUCAAAGGAGAUUCGUUAUGUUUGUUUCUGUAGGAAAAGGCAGGAGCCCCCAUCUGAUUUGUAUUUGACACCACAUUCGUGUGGGGAACCAUGUGGUAAGCCACUUGAUCGGGAGAUGCUGGUUGCAGGUGGAAGUAAGGAGGAUCUUUGUCCCCAUAAUUGUGUCUUGCAGUGCCAUCCAGGUCCCUGCCCUCCUUGCAAGGCAUUUGCUCCUCCUCGUUUAUGCCCUUGUGGUAAGAAGUUGAUAACCACGCGAUGUUCAGAUAGGAAAUCCACUUUAACCUGUGGUCAGCAUUGUGAAAAACUUCUGGAUUGUGGGCGUCACUGGUGUAAAAGAAUCUGCCAUGUUGGUCCUUGUGAUCCUUGUCAGGUUUUGGUCAGUGCCUCUUGCUUCUGCAAGAAAAAAAGAGAGCUUGUUCUUUGUGGAGGCAUGACUUUGAAGGGUGAAGUAAAUGCAGAAGAUGGUGUCUUUAAUUGUAGUUCCAUCUGUGGGAAGACUCUUAACUGUGGCAAUCAUUUCUGCAGUGAAGUUUGUCAUCCAGGACCCUGUGGAGGCUGUGAUCUAAUGCCGGACAUGAUUAAGACAUGUUAUUGUGGGAAAACACGAUUGCAGGAAGAACGGACAAGUUGUUUGGACCCAAUCCCAACAUGUCCUGAACCAUGUGAGAAACUAUUACCUUGUGGGAAGCAUCGUUGUGAGGAUGCCUGUCACACUGGGAAUUGUUCACCUUGCUUGGUUCAAGUUGUGCAAAAAUGCCGAUGUGGAUCAACUUCUCGAAAUGUGGAAUGCUAUAAGACUUCCAGCCCAACGGAUGUAUUCACUUGUGAAAAGCCUUGUGGGUGGAAAAAAAAUUGUGGAAGGCAUAGGUGCAGUGAGAGAUGCUGUCCUCUAUCAAGCUCCAGCUAUAGUCAUUCAGGAGAUUGGGAUCCACACUUCUGCUUAAUGAGGUGUGGGAAGAAACUGAGGUGUGGCCAGCAUGCUUGUGAAUCACUGUGUCAUAGUGGCCAUUGCUCUCCAUGUCCCGAGACAAUCUUCACAGACUUGACAUGUGCUUGUGGUAAAACUUCAAUUCCUCCACCACUGCCUUGCGGAACGCCACCCCCAUCAUGUCAACUCCCUUGUUCAGUUCCUCAGCCAUGUGGCCAUUCUUCUACUCAUAGUUGCCACUUUGGUGACUGCCCACCCUGUACAGUUCCUAUAGCCAAGGAGUGCAUUGGUGGACAUGUAGUUCUUAGGAACAUUCCUUGUGGUUCGAGGGAUAUCAGAUGCAACAAGCUGUGCGGGAAGACUAGGCAGUGUGGGAUGCAUGCCUGUAGCAGAACUUGCCACCCACCACCAUGUGACACCUCUGUCGGAUCUGAUUUGGGUCAGAGAACUUCCUGUGGACAGACAUGUGGGGCGCCUCGAAGAGAUUGUAGGCAUACAUGUACUGCACCAUGUCACCCCUCUGCUUCUUGCCCCGACGCUAGAUGUGAAUUCCCUGUCAUCAUCACUUGUUCAUGUGGCCGAAUAACAGCAUCUGUUCCUUGCGAUGCUGGAGGGAGCAGUAUUGGUUUUAAUACCGAUACUCUGUAUGCUUCAAUUAUCCAAAAAUUACCUGUUCCACUUCAACCUAUCGAGGCAAAUGGCAAAAAGAUUCCACUUGGACAAAGAAAACUGACAUGUGAUGAUGACUGCUCUAAGCUGGAGCGGAAACGGGUUCUUGCAGAUGCUUUUGAUAUCAAUCCCCCAAAUUUGGACGCCCUUCACUUGGGUGAUAGUUCUGCUUCUGAAUUGCUAGCAGACCUUUUUAGACGUGAUUCAAAAUGGGUAUUGUCCGUGGAGGAGAGAUGCAAAUUCUUGGUCCUUGGAAAGAAUAGAGCAGCAAUGAGUGGCCUUAAAGUUCACGUUUUCUGUCCAAUGCUUAAGGAGAAGAGAGAUGCUGUUAGGCUGAUUGCUGAGAGGUGGAAGCUUGCCACUAAUACUGUUGGCUGGGAGCCUAAGCGUUUUAUUACAAUUCAUGUCACUCCUAAAUCGAAAGUUCCUCCUCGUGUACUUGGUGUUAAGGGCUCAACGACCACAGGUACUCCACAUCCACCAGUUUUCGAUCCUUUAGUAGAUAUGGAUCCUAGGCUGGUUGUGUCCUUCCCAGAUUUACCUAGGGAAGCAGAUAUAAGUGCAUUGGUCUUGAGGUUUGGUGGGGAGUGUGAAUUAGUAUGGUUGAAUGACAAGAAUGCUCUGGCCGUAUUCAGUGAUCCAGCUCGAGCAGCUACUGCAAUGAGAAGGUUGGAUCAUGGGACGGCAUAUCAUGGAGCCAGUCUUCUUCAGAAUGGUGGUGCAUCAGCAUCAUCUAAUGCAAAUGCUUGGGGAGGGGAGAAUACAAAGGAAGGUGGAGCAUUGAAGAGUAAUAAUCCAUGGAAAAGGGCCGUAGUUCAAGAGUCUAGUUGGGCGGACAAGUCAUGGGGUGGUGAUGAAGAGUGGGCUGGUUCAUCUAUUGACGUACAGGCACCCGUGUGGAGAAAAGAAGCUCCAAUUUCUGCGUCAUUCAAUCGGUGGCAUGCUUUAGACCCUGAAUCUGUUGUGAGUUCUUCCUCUCGAUCUGCUGAACACAAUCCUGGGAAUCGGGUAGGCCAUUCCUCUCCAGGAUCUGAAUCAAGUACAAGUAGGGCAUUGAGUUCUGGGGGGAUGCAGGGUGUAAUACCAGAUAGUGGAACAGAAAUGUUGGAAGUGGCAGAGGAUUGGGAGAAAGCUUAUGACUGAGAUGAUGGAAACAUAACAUCCGUAUUAGAUUUAGAAAACUGGGCUUGGAGACGCACUCCAUAAAGGGUAGAAUGUAAAGCUCCCGUGUCAUGAUUCCUCCAUCAAUGGCGUUAUAUGGAUCUUCCAUGCAGCCUUCCUGUCCUUGUAUUUGCUUUUAAUUCUUUCGUCACCAUAAUCGUUUCACUAGGCACAGUUCGGGGGUUGGGUUAAUCCCACUUCUCCACCCUCGAGUUUUGGAAGUAAGUUUGUAGGUCAUACUUGUUUUUUGAGAGAAUAAUUCUUGUAGAGUGUAGUUUUUUACAAACACCAUAGGCAUUGAUAUGGCAUAAAGCUCAAAGGUAAAUCGAAAAUCUUCUGCUGUUAUUAUUUUCCCUUCUCCAGCUGCUGCUGGUUCUGCUUCUGCCUUCUCUACGGUGUACCGAAGAAGGCUUCUUAUUAUUGAUAGCAUAACUUUGGUAGUUGUUUCCUUUCAGUUUUUGGGAGAGGUAUCUGCCAUCUUUGUACUAAUUAUUUCCUCAGUUUAAACUACUUCAGGAGAUUUAAUUUAUGAAUUUUUUCACUGAGAA